AUGUCAGACACACUGGUAUCGCCUGCAAGUACACCAGAUGGCCUGGAGCCACGCUUCUCGCUCCCUCGGGAGACGCCGCGAUCGAGCAAAAAGUCGCUUGUCAUUGGUGGCGUGCAGAUAUUCGUGUACGGCUUAGAAGAGCUACAGGAGCAAUCUGGCGAAGUUACCGUUUUGUACCUCGCUCAUAAUCGAACACGGACGUAUCUCGUCACGGAAGCCAUUGCCCACGAGAUUCUGCACCGUCACAGAAGCAAUAGUCGCGACAGGCAGCGCCCAAUGAUUGCCGUCACGAUGAAUAUGAGGAAUCAUGGCGACCGUGAGAUUUGUCCACGAGCCAACCUGACAUGGACUGGCGGCAACGAGAACCACGGCAUGGAUCUGCUGUCCACCAUCAGCGGUGCCACGCACGACUUCAAACUCAUCCUCGACUAUCUGCCGUGUUACCUGCCCCAAUUUACUAAACUCCACAACAUCAUGAUGGGCGUCUCCCUCGGCGGCCACACGGCCUGGCGCCUUCCGGCCCUUCUCGCCCCCGGCCAACUAUCCGGCAUCAUCAUCGUGGUCGGCUGCCCGAGCUUGACGUCGCUACUCUUGGAGCGUCUCGACUUUGAUGCCUCCUCCGUAGGUCUCGAAGCCUCUCAGCUGCACGAGGCAAGCUAUGACAUGCUCGAGGCGCACAUGACCGCGGAGCAAAGGCGGCGGUGGCCGCGGUCGCUGGCCAAUCUGGUCCGGCAGGCCGACCUAGAGAUUGAGUACAAGUUUCCCAUGGACGUGCCGAUGAUAUUGUGCAACGGCAAGUACGACAGGCUCGUACCGGCCGUGCAUACUGCGUCCUGGCUGGAGAGGAGGCAGAGGAGGCAGUGUGGAGGGGAUGCGGCGGCGGACACGGAGCUUUUUGUGCAGGAUAACACGGGGCAUAGCUGUACAAAGAAGAUGGUGGCCAAGAUUGCGGAUUGGAUAGGGCAGCGAUGGUGA